GUCAGAAGCGGGUGGAGGACGCGCGGUCGGGGCGCUCGGGCCAUGCCGGGCGGGGCCCACGCGGCUGCCCCGCUCUCGGCGCAGCCCGGGUAGGCGACGCCACCGGCCAUGCCGCUGGAGGCGCAGGACGCGCUGUACGUGGCGCUGGAGCUGGUCAUCGCCACGCUGUCAGUGGCGGGCAAUUUGCUGGUGUGCGCCGCGGUGGGCACAUCGAGCACGCUGCAGACGCCCACCAACUACUUCCUGGUGUCCCUGGCAGCGGCCGAUGUGGCCGUGGGGCUGUUUGCUAUCCCCUUUGCUAUCACCAUCAGCUUGGGCUUCUGCACUGACUUCCACAGCUGCCUCUUCCUCGCCUGCUUCGUGCUCGUGCUCACGCAGAGUUCCAUCUUCAGCCUCUUGGCCGUGGCCGUCGACAGGUACCUGGCUAUCCGCGUCCCGCUCAGGUAUAAGAGUGUGGUCACUGGGACCCGAGCGAGAGGAGUCAUUGCUGUCCUCUGGGUCCUUGCCUUUGGCAUUGGACUGACCCCGUUCCUGGGAUGGAACAGUAAAGACAGUGCCACCAACUGCACAGAGUCCUGGGAUGGAACCACAAAUGAAAGCUGCUGCCUGGUGAAGUGUCUUUUUGAGAAUGUGGUCCCCAUGAGCUACAUGGUGUAUUUCAAUUUCUUUGGGUGUGUCCUGCCCCCACUGCUCAUAAUGCUAAUGAUCUACAUCAAGAUCUUCCUGGUGGCCUGCCGGCAGCUUCAGCGCACCGAGCUGAUGGACCAGUCGAGGACCACCCUCCAGCGGGAGAUCCACGCAGCCAAGUCCCUGGCUAUGAUCGUUGGCAUUUUUGCUCUGUGCUGGCUACCAGUACAUGCCAUCAACUGUGUCAGCCUUUUCCAGCCAGCUCGGGCUAAGGAUAAGCCCAAGUGGGCAAUGAACAUGGCCAUCCUGCUGUCACAUGCCAACUCAGUUGUCAAUCCCAUUGUUUAUGCCUACCGGAACCGAGACUUCCGCUACACUUUUCACAAAAUCAUCUCCAGGUACGUUCUCUGCCAGACAGAUGUCCUCAAGAGUGGGAAUGGGCAGGCGAGGGCGUAGCCCGCUCUUGAUGGGGGCCUGUGACCCAAGCUCUGUCC